AUGGCCAACAUCCAAUCGGAAUCGCCCAAGCUGCACGUACGUCCAGAGGACGCUCGCAAAUUUGUCGAAGAUGUCCUACAAGGCAAUGGUGUUUCCCAGCGCAACGCAGCCACGGUUGCAAAAUGUUUGGUGAAGGCAGACCUGCGAGGAGUGGAUACCCACGGCAUUAAUCGCAUCCCUUCCUAUAUAGCACGUAUCAAACAAGGUCUACUCGACGCAACCGCCGACCCGAUCAUCACCAAGGUCACACCUGUAGUUGGUCAGAUUGAUGGCCGCAACGGCUUUGGAUUCGUCGCCGCACAUGCCGGCAUGGAUCUGGCGAUUGAAAUGGCAGAGAAAUUUGGUAUUGGUAUGGUUAGUAUCAAGCAUUCAAACCACUUUGGCAUGGCUGCAUGGAUCUGCCAACAAGCGAUUGAUGCCAAUAUGAUGAGUUUGGUAUUUACCAACUCAAGCCCAGCGAUGCCUGUUUGGGGAGGUAGAAGCAAACUUAUGGGGAUUUCGCCCAUCGCAUGUGGUGCUCCUGGCUUGGACAAUCCUUUCAUCCUUGACAUGGCACCGUCCGUGGCAGCUCGUGGCAAGAUCUUCAAGGCCGAGCGCCGAGGGGAGAAGAUUCCCUUUGAUUGGGCUAUUGAUGCCGAAGGGCAGCCCACCGAUGACCCGACUGCCGCACUUCAGGGGGUCAUGCUUCCCAUCGGUGGACCUAAAGGAUCUGCAUUGGCUAUCAUGAUGGACGUUUUCUCUGGCGUACUUUCAGGUUCAGCUUUUGCUGGCCAUGUUACUGGACCCCUCAACCCAUCCAAGCCUGCAGAUGUUGGGCAUUUCUUGAUAGCGAUAAAGCCAGACCUUUUUAUGAGUUUGGACGACUUCCGCAACCGCAUACACUACCUAUAUGACCGAGUUGUAGGGUCAGAAAAAGCGACAGGUGUGGAUCGGAUUUAUUUCCCUGGUGAAAUCGAACAAUUGAGUGAGAGGGAAAGACUCAAGACUGGCAUUCCGUACGUCAAAGCUGAGAUUGACGCCUUAAAUGCAGAGGCCAAGAAAGUUGGCGCUGGAGAUAUAGUGGUACAGAUUUGA